CAAAAAGAAACACCAUCACAAACAGAAAAAAAUGGAAAAGACAUAAACAGAAAAUUCACAGGAAGGAAAUAUGCAUGAAUACUAAUUCAUUCAACCUCAUUCAUAUUUAAAGAAAUGUUAUUUUCUCACUCCCUUGCAGCAUCCUGAUGGCUGCUCUUGGUUGGAGGCCAUCUGGCACCUAAGGCAGGAAAAUGGUGGCUACAAAGAAAACGAAAAAAUCGCUGGAGUCCAGCAAUUCUAGGCUCCAACUUGUUUUGAAAAGAGGAAAGGAUGCGCUGGGGUACGAGCGGACUCUGAAGAUGAUCAGACAAGGCAAAGUGAAAUUGGUCAUUCUCGCUAACAACUGCCCACCUUUGAAGAAAUCUGAAAUAGAGUACUACACAAUUUUGGCCAAAAUUGGUGUCCAUCACUACAGCAGCAAUAAUAUUGAACUGGCCACAGGAUUCGAAAAAUACUACAGAGUAUGCACACUGGCUAUCAUUGAUCCAGGUGAUUCUGAUAUCUUUAGAAGCAUGCCAGCACAGACUAGUGAAAAGUAAAUCAUGCAAAAAUUUCCUUAAAUAAACUCGCCAGAGCUUGUUUUUUAAAAA